CGCUGAGCGGCGCUUGAGAGUAUAUAGGAAAGCGAAGGAGGGGGAUGAGUGGGAGAAGCAGAAGUUGUUGUCAUCACUCCAAUCGGAUCGGAUCAUCGGAGAGGGAGUGAGACAACGCCGUCCGUCAUGGGAUUCGAACCCCUUUUCAACCACAACAACAAUAACAGUGACGCUCACGUUCCUCUCCUCCUGGGCCUCCAGCCUUCUGCUCUCGUCGACCACGUCGCUCGCGUCGAUUGGUCCUUGCUCGAUCAGAUCCCCGGUGAACGCGGCGGCUCCAUUCCUGUUGCAAUUGAGGAGCUUGAAUAUAUAUUGAAGGAAGUAAAAACUCACCCCUUACCUGAUGAUCCAACUCCCAUUAAGACAAUGGCUGGAGGCAGUGUUGCGAACACAAUUCGAGGGCUUACUACUGGGUUCGGAAUUUCUUCGGGAAUUAUUGGGGCAUAUGGGGAUGAUGAACAGGGGCAAUUAUUUGUCAAUAACAUGAGCUCCAAUGGAGUAAACAUCUCGAGACUGAGGAAAAAGAAAGGACAUACCGCGCAGUGUGUUUGCUUGGUUGACGAAUUGGGUAACCGAACAAUGCGACCCUGUCUCUCAAAUGCUGUGAAAGUUCAGGCAGAAGAAUUGAAAAGAGAGGAUUUUAAGGGCUCCAAGGUUGACCUCUUAAACAGCAAAGACAUCUUGGAUAUGCAAUCUACUCAUAAAGGACUAGGACGACUGAAUUAUCCUUCCUGUCCAUUUUACCAAAAUACAUUGUUGAAUGAAGGGUGGUUGGUGAUGAGAUACGCUAAGCUCAAUUUAGAAGUGAUACAAGCAGCCAUUGAUUUAGCAAAGCAGGAAGGCCUUCUUGUUUCCUUGGACUUGGCCAGUUUUGAGAUGGUCCGGAACUUUAAAUUACCUCUUUUGAAGUUGCUGGAGUCUGGGAAUAUAGACCUUUGCUUUGCCAAUGAGGAUGAGGCAACAGAGCUGCUAAGGGGCGAACAGAACUCUGAUCCAGCUGCUGCUGUGGAAUUUUUGGCCAAGUAUUGCCAGUGGGCUGUCGUGACAUUAGGUGCUAACGGAUGCAUUGCUAAACAUGGAAAGGAGAUAGUACGCGUGCCAGCCAUAGGGGAAGCAAAAGCAAUUGAUGCAACGGGAGCUGGGGACCUUUUUGCGAGUGGGUUUUUGUAUGGAGUGAUAAAGGGACUGUCCUUAGAAGAAUGCUGCAAAGUAGGGGCCUGCAGUGGAGGGGCUGUCAUUCGCUCUCUUGGGGGAGAGGUGACCUUGGAGAAUUGGCAGUGGAUGACCAAGCAGAUGCAGAUAAAGGGCCUUCCCACUCCCUCUCCUGACGUAUCCAAAUGAAAUCUCCUGCCCCCAUUUUACUUGACUUUUUGUUUUGCUAUAAUUCAUCUUUCACCAUCGAACGUGGCAGCUAUUCCUUGUUGGAGCUGCCUGCUUUGAUUCAGGCGUGGAAGACUAGAUCUUACAUAGGAUAUUAAAGUUAUCAUGAUAGUAUUGUAAGGUGACAUAGAUCAUGAUUUUUUUUCAAUCUUACGAGCAUGUAUUUUAACUGUUCAUUUGUCCAGAUGAGGCUGUUCGCAAGAUAUUUUCAUCUGGACGCGCCGCCCUCUGAUGCCAGCACCAAUUUAAAGUUCCGCCAGUUAUCUGCUUUGAAUCUCAA